GAUCCUGUGGAUAGCAACAUAUAGGAAACGCCAAAUCUGGAUUUAUGUUUGUUUUUUUAACAACUGGGGCCUGGUUAUGAUCAAUAAUCCAAAUCUCAAGUUCUUCUUCCUCUGGGACCAUUUUCCUGCGCGGAUGUUUAGGUUUGUGUCACUAGAGGGCGACAUUUACCAAGAAAUCACUGGAGACUCGAGCUUUAAUCCAAUUCAAACAAAGAUGUGAUCACGUCCCGUCAUCAGUCACAUGAGAAGAUAUAAGUGAAUAUGAUUUGUUUUGGAUUUGGUGAAUUCCUCGUGUUCAUCCUUUAAUUAAACUCCUUUCAGGCCACGCCCACCUCAGAUCAUGUAACACUUCAAAGUUACCAGAUGAGCCAACCAACCAGCUCUGAGGAGGCCUCUGAUUGGACGCAGCUGGACGAGACCAAAAGAAGAAAAACAGUUACGCAUCAGUUUCUCUGCGGGGCAGGCCGAGCCGGGACUGGGAGCAGCCCCCCUGUUAAGUAGCAGAUUGUGUGGACACCGUCUCCCACUUGGAAAGAGUCUGGGCACCGAGGGAACCCCCCCACCGACCGGAGCUCUCUGCCUGCCUUCUUCAGCACCGGACCUCCCCGCACCUCCUCCUCUCCUCUUCCUCUCGGGCUGGAGGUCUCUCAGCAGAGAUUUAAUCUUUUUUCUUUUCUUCUUUUAUCCUAAUUUUCUUUGAACCGAACCAAAGAAUUCCUGCAGUUAUAGCCUCAUUCAUGCGCUGCUGAACCCGGAGGAGCUGAAGAUGAAGAGGAGCAGGUUGUCUCCGGCGCCGGCCGCUGCCCCGCGGGCCCCGCUGCUGCUGCCGCUGCUGCUGCUGCUGCUGGCCGCCUCCUGCCAGGCCCAGGACACAGUCGACCCUCCGUCAGAUGUGAGGUUUAAGAUUCUCAACGAGAACACGGUGCAAAUGAUCUGGAGCCGCCCGCAGUCGCAGAUCCACGGCUACAGGAUCCAAGUGACCUCAGGCGCAGAAGAGCCGACCAAAGAAUUCACUCUGCCUGCAUCUGCCACCAAGACCUCCAUCCCAAACCUGAGGCCAGAUGUGGAUUAUUUGGUAACGAUAUCUGCGUACGCCGGGUCCGAGGAGAGUCUGCCCGUCUCCGGCCAGAUCACACUUGAGUCGAGUGGCAGAGGGCCAUCCAGGAAGCCAGACCCUUCCGACUCAGUCAAAUGCUCUGCGAGCGCCGUCGCCGACGUGGUCUUCUUGGUGGACGGCUCCUGGAGCGUGGGCCGGCCCAACUUCAAAUACAUCCGCAACUUCCUCUCGGCGGCGGCCGGAGCCUUUCAGAUCGGGGAGGACAGAUCCCGAGUGGCGGUGGUGCAGUACAGCGGCGACGCCCGCACCGAGUUCAACCUGAACAGACACCUGACGCGACCGGCGCUGCUGCGGGCCGUCGGCUCGCUGCCGUACAAAGGAGGCGCCACCAUGACAGGCGAUGCCCUCGACUACGUCCUCAGAAACACUUUCACCGAGGCGGCCGGCGCCAGGAAGAUUUUCCCCAAAGUGCUGGUGAUCAUCACCGACGGCAAGUCCGAGGAUGCAGUGGAGAGUCAGGCCAGGCGGCUCCGGAGCGACGGGGUGGAGAUCUUUGUCCUCGGUAUCCAGCAGGCGGACGAAGCUGAGAUGAAGCUGAUGGCGUCCACGCCGCACAGAAGUCACAUCUACAAUGUGGCCAACUUCGACAUGAUCAAGAACGUGCAGCGAGAGCUCAUCAGGCAGGUGUGCGCCGGUGUGGACGAUCAACUCAACGCACUGGUCAGCGGAGAAGAAGCCGUGGAGCCAGCCUCUAACCUACAAGUCCUGGAGGUGGCCUCCAAGUCCAUACGGGUGACCUGGGACGCCUCCAUCGGCGAUGUGUCCGGAUACAAGGUGAAGAUGAUGCCCAUGAUGACCGGCAGCAAGCGGCAGGAGCUCUACCUGGGCCCGUCCCAGACGUCCGUGGUGGUCAGGGACCUUUCCCCAGACACCGAGUACCAGAUCUUUGUGUUCGCUCUGAAGGGCCUGAUGCCCAGCGAGCCCGUCAUGCUGAUGCAGAAGACCGAGCCAAUUAAACUGUCAGUGGAAUGUUCCCUCGGUAUGGACGUUCAAGCCGACGUCGUCAUCCUGGUUGACGGCUCCUACAGCAUCGGUUUAGCCAACUUUGCCAAAGUAAGAGCGUUCCUAGAGGUGCUGGUGAACACCUUUGACAUCGGUGCAAACAAGGUUCAGAUCAGCUUGGUCCAGUACAGCAGGGACCCUCACACCGAGUUCUACCUGAACACUCACCACAACCUGGCCGCCGUGGUCAAGGCCGUGAGGAGUUUCCCGUACCGAGGCGGCUCCACCAACACCGGCAGGGCCAUGACCUACGUGAGGGAGAAGAUCUUCCAGACCAACAGAGGGGCACGGACCAACGUUCCCCGUGUCACCAUCCUAAUCACGGACGGGAAGUCGUCCGACGCCUUCCACGACCCGGCCACCAAGCUGAGGAAUACCGACGUGGAGAUCUUCGCUGUGGGCGUUAAGGAUGCCGUACGAACCGAGCUGGAGGCCAUCGCCAAUACCCCCGCUGACACUCACGUGUACACCGUGGAGGACUUUGACGCCUUUCAAAGAAUUUCCAAAGAACUCACACAGUCCAUCUGCCUGAGGAUCGAGCAAGAACUCCGCAACAUCAUACAGAGACAACUGAUCCAACCGAAGGCCCUGACCUUCUCGGAGGUCGGCCCCAGGAGCUUCAGAGCCUCGUGGGAGAUCGACGCCAGCGAUGUCGAGUUCUACCUGGUUAAGUUCAAGCCGGCGGAAGACGCCGACGGACAUUACGUUUCCAUGUCUGUGCCCGGGGAGACUCUCACCGCCAUCUUGCCCCACCUCAACCCGCUCAGCCGCUACGAAGUCAACAUUUACGCUCAGUACGACAGAGGGGAGAGUUUGCCUGUGACAGGCUACGAAACCACCGUGGAAGAACUCGGCCCCGUGCGCGACCUGAGCGUAUCCGAAGAGACGACCGACAGCUUCAGGGUGUCGUGGCUGCCGGCUCCGGGAGCCGUCGCUCGCUACCGGUUGACCUACGUACCCGUGGGGGACGAGAGCUCCAGGCUGGAGACGACCACCGACGGCCCCGAGACCACGGCGGUGCUCCGGCAGCUCCGGCCCCAGACCACCUACCGCGUCACCGUCACUCCCGAGUACCGGUCCGGCCCCGGGGAGCCGCUGCAGACGGACGGCACCACCACAGAAGACGCGGGUCCUCCUAAAAACCUGGUCACCAGCGACGUGACAGACACCAGCUUCCUGGCGUCGUGGUCGGCGGCGCCCGGGAACGUGGACUCGUACCGCGUCAGCUGGAAGUCGCUGUUUUCCCCGGAAGCCGGAGAGAAAACGGUGCCGGGAGACGUGACCAGCGCGGCGCUGGACGGUCUGACUCCGGAGACGCUCUACCAGGUGUCCGUGGUCGCCGCCUACAGUCACAGAGUGAGCGACGCGCUCACCGGACAGGAAACAACGGACGCCUCUGCCGCCGGUAAAGCUCUGACCGUGUCGGACGAGACCGAGCGGACCAUGAGAGUCACAUGGAUGCCGGCGCCGGGCAAAGUGCUCAACUACCGGCUGAAGUACGUCCCGAGCGGCGGGGGCAAAGAAAUGACCAUGAAGAUCCCGGCGACGGUCACCUCCACCGUCAUGAGGCGCCUGCAGCCCUCCACCACCUACGACAUCACCGUUCAUCCCAUGUACAAGCGCGGGGAAGGCAAAGCAAGGCAAGGAGUAGGAACGACACUGUCGCCCUACAAGAGUCCCCAGAACCUCCAGACCUCCGAGCCCACCAAGACCAGCUUCAGGGUCACCUGGGAUCCGGCACCGGGACAAGUCCGGGGCUACAAAGUGACCUUCCAGCCCACAGGGAGCGACAUUGCCUUCGGGGAGCUGCUCGUCGGCCCCUUUGAUAACACAGUGGUGCUCGAGGAACUCAGGGCAGGAACAAAAUACUCGGUGGCCGUGUUUGGGAUGUUUGACGGAGGGGAGAGUUCGCCUCUGGCCGGCGAGGAGAAGACGACUCUCUCCGACGCCCCGGAGCCGCCUCCUCUCGACCCGUCUGACACCCAGUGUAAGACCACGGCCAAGGCCGACAUUGUGCUGCUGGUCGACGGCUCCUGGAGCAUCGGACGCAUCAACUUCAAAACCAUCCGCAACUUCAUCGCUCGCAUGGUCAGCGUGUUCGACAUCGGACCGGACCGGGUCCAGAUCGGUCUGGCUCAGUACAGCGGAGACCCAAAGACCGAGUGGCACCUGAAAUCCCACCCGACCAAGGCCUUGCUGAUGGAGGCCGUCGCCAACCUGCCGUACAAAGGAGGAAACACCAUGACAGGAAUGGCUCUGAACUUCAUCCUCCAGAACAACUUCAAAGAAAGCGAGGGAAUGCGAGCCGACGCCCGCAAGAUCGGUGUCCUGAUCACCGACGGAAAGUCCCAGGACGACAUCGUGUUCAACUCCCAGAACCUGAGGGACAGCGGCAUCGAGCUCUACGCCAUCGGUGUGAAGAACGCAGACGAGAACGAGCUGAGGACCAUCGCCACCGACCCCGACGAGAUUCACAUGUACAACGUGCAGGACUUCAAGUUCAUGGUGGACGUGGUGGACGACCUCACCCUCAACCUGUGCAACAGCGUCAAGGGUCCAGGCGGGGAACUGGAGGCGCCCACCGACCUGGUGACCUCCGAGGUGACCCACCGCUCCUUCCGUGCCAGCUGGACGGCGCCCAGCGGCCCCGUGGACCAGUACCGCGUCACGUACAUGACCGUGGCAGGAGGACCCACCAUGGAGCUGCUGGUGGACGGGUCGGUGACGACCGCGGUGCUGGAGAACCUGAGCCCUCUGACCCCGUACCUGGUCAACGUCUACGCCGAGGUCGGAGAGAUGAGCACUGAGCCGCUGAAGGGCACCGAGACCACCCUGCCGCUGCCGGCGGCGACGAACAUGGUGGUUUACGACGAGGCCGCCACCACCAUGAGGGUGCGAUGGGAGGAGGCGGGCGGAGCCAGCGGCUACCUGCUGCUGUACAUAUCCACCAACGCCACCGAGCCCCAGCUGGAGAGAGAGGUCCGGGUCGGGGGCGACGUCACGAGCCUGCAGCUGACGCAGCUGAUCCCCAACACCGAGUACAACAUCCGGCUCUUCGCUCUGCACGGAGAAGCGGUCAGCGCCCCACUGGAGGGACGAGGCGUCACCUUGCCCAUGCCUCCGGCCGGACUCCUGACGAUCAGCGACGUGACCCACAGCACCAUGAGGCUGAGCUGGGACGCCGCUCCCGGGGCCGUGCGCAAGUACAUGAUCACCUACAGACCCGAGGAAGGAGACCUGAAGGAGGCGGAGGUCACCGGUGACAUCACCACCCUGGACCUGUCCAGCCUCAUCUCCCAGACCGAGUACGACGUGGCCGUCACCCCGAUCUACGGCGAGGGACCCGGGACCCCGAUGCUCGGCAGCGCCGUCACGGAUGUUGUUCCCGCCCCCAAGAACCUGCGUUUCUCCGAGGUGACCCAGAGCUCGUUCAGGGCCACGUGGGAGCACGGCGCCCCGGACGUGGCCCUCUACCGCGUCGGCUGGACCAAGAAGGGCGAGAGCAACCUGCAGUUUGCCAUCCUGAACAGCGAUGAGACCUCCCACGUCCUGCCCAACUUGGACCCCCUGACCCUGUACGACGUGACGGUCACCGCCAUCUACCCCGACGAGUCGGAGAGCGAAGACCUCAUGGGAAGCGAGCGCACGCUGUUAAAGGAUCCCGACGUUGCUCCGGAGCCUCCUCGCAACUUGAGGGUCAUCAACGCCACCACCUCCUCGCUGACGGCCAAGUGGGAGCACGCCCCCGGCAACGUCCAGAACUACAAGAUCACCUACAAACCCGUCGCUGGAGGCGAGCCUCUCACGACGCAGGUUGGAGGGAAGAAGACCAGCGUCGUCCUGCCGAAGCUCCGGCCCAACACUCCGUACUCCGUCUCUGUGGCGGCGGUGUAUCCCACCAGCGUCAGCAGGGACGUCACGGCAGACGGGAGGACCAAGUCUCUGGGCGGCGUGAGGAACCUGCAGGUGAUGAAUCCGACCAUGACCACCCUGAACGUCCGCUGGGAACCCGCCGAGGGCCGAGUGAAGGAAUACAAAGUCAUCUACGUCCCUGCGGCCGGCGGAGCGGAGAGCAUGGAAACAGUGUCGUCAGGUACGACCACCACCGUCCUGCGAAGCCUGCAGCCCGACACCCUCUACACUGUGUCCCUGGUGCCGGUCUACGCCGAUGGAGAAGGGAAGACCAUGUCUGAAAACGGAAAGACGAAGUCUCUGGGCGGCGUGAGGAACCUGCAGGUGAUGAAUCCGACCAUGACCACCCUGAACGUCCGCUGGGAACCCGCCGAGGGCCAAGUGAGGGAAUACAAAGUCAUCUACGUCCCUGCGGCCGGCGGAGCGGAGAGCAUGGAAACAGUGACGGCUGGAACAACCACCACCAUCCUGCGAAGCCUGCAGCCCGACACCCUCUACACUGUGUCCCUGGUGCCGGUCUACGCCGAUGGAGAGGGGAAGACCAUGUCUGAAAACGGAAAGACGAGGGCACUGGGAGGUGUGAAGAACCUGAGGGUGACCAACCCCACCAUGACCUCUCUGACCGUGGACUGGGACCCGGCCGAUGGCGCCGUUCGCCUCUACAAGGUUUUCUAUGUGCCUGUCGCCGGAGGCCGAGAGGAGAUGGAGCAAGUUCCCACGGGCACCACCUCCAUCAUCCUCAGGAACCUGAUGCCCGACACGCCGUACACCGUGUCGGUGUUACCGGUUUACCCGGCCAGGGAGGGAAAACGCCAGUCUGAGAAUGGAAAGACACUGCCUCUGGGCGGAGUGGACAACAUGAAGGUGACCAGGCCGACCAUCACCACUCUGACGGUCAACUGGAAUCCUGCUGACGGGAACGUUCAGGGCUACAAAGUCAUCUACGCUCCCACAGACGGAGGGCUGGAGAUCGUGGUGCAGGUGUCGGAGAGCACCACCUCCACCGUCCUGGAGAAGCUGCUGCCGGACACCAGCUACUCCGUCACCGUGGUGCCGGUCUACGCCGAGGGAGACGGACCCAGUCUGACGGACAGCGGCAAGACGAAGCCCCUGGGUUUCGCCAGGAACCUGCAGGUGACCGAUCCGACCACCAGCAGCCUGAACGUGCGCUGGGAUCCGGCCGAGGGCAGCGUCCGGGAAUACAUCGUGAUCUGGGUGCCGGUCGCCGGAGGAGAGCAGGAAGUGGACCAGGUGUCUGGAACCACCACCUCCACCGUCCUGAAGAACCUGGAGCCCGACACCGAGUACACCGUCACACUGGUGCCCGUCUACCACGAGAUGGAGGGAAAACCGCAGUCGCAGAACGGGAAGACGAAUGCGUUUGGUGGAGUGAAGAACUUGCAGGUGUUCGACCCGACGACCAGCUCUCUGACAGUCCGCUGGGAUCCGGCGGUCGGCAACGUGCGCAGCUACAAAGUCUUCUACACCGCUCAACCCGACGGACAAGUCCAAAUGGAGGAAGUGACGGGCGGCACCACCACCACCGUCCUGAGGAGCCUGGACUCGGACACGCUCUACGACGUGGCCGUCGUUCCCGUCUACCCGGACGUGGAGGGAAUACAUCAGGCGGAGCAGGGGAAGACAAAGCCUCUGGGCGGAGUGAAGAACCUCCAGGUGACCGACCCCACCACCAGCUCCCUGAGGGUUCGCUGGGACGCGGCCGAGGGCGACGUCAGGCAGUACCGCAUCGUCUACGCCCCCGCCGCCGGAGGAGCCGACGUCACGACUCAGGUCUCCGGGAUGACGACGAACGCGGUUCUGCGAGACCUGCAGCCGGACACCGAGUACAGAGUGACGCUGGUUCCCGUCUACCCGGACACGGAGGGGAAGCGCACGUCGGAGAAUGGAAAGACGAAGCCCCUGGGCGGAGUGAAGAAUCUGCAGGUGAGCGAUCCCACCACCAGCUCGCUGAAGGUGCGCUGGGAGGCGGCGGAGGGCAACGUCCGGCAGUACCGCAUCUUCUACGUCCCCGCGUCCGGCGGCGCCGAGGACAUGGAGCAGGUGUCGGGCGGCACCACCAACACCGUCCUGAGGAGCCUGCUGUCGGACACGCCCUACACCGUGACCGUGGUCCCGGUUUACCCCGAGGGAGAAGGUCUGCGACAGUCCGACAAGGGAAAGACACUCCCGCGCACGCCACCCAGGAACAUCCAGGUGUACAACCCCACCCCCAACAGCCUGAACGUGCGCUGGGAGCCGGCCACGGGCCAAGUGCAGCAGUACCGGGUGGCGUACUCCUCCCUGACCGGGACCAGAGCCCCAGAGUCCGUCCUGGUUCCAGGAAAUAUUCACAACGGCUUCCUGGACAACCUGAUCCCGGACACUCCCUACUCGAUCAGCGUCUCGGCUCUGUACGCCGACGGAGACGGAUCGCCGGUGACCGGCAACGGCAAAACACUGCCGCGCGGCGGUCCCAGGAACAUGCGCGUGUUCGACGCCACCACCAGCACGCUCACCAUCGGAUGGGACCACGCGGAGGGGCCGGUCCGGCAGUACAGGAUCGCCUACGCUCCCAUGACCGGAGACCCCAUCUCCGAGUUUACUGUGGUUCCUGGAAACAGAAACAACGCCAUGCUGCAGAAUCUGCUGGCCGACACGCCGUACAACAUCACCGUGGAGGCCGUGUACGCCGAGGGGCCGGGAGGCUCGCUCAACGGGAACGGACGCACAGUCGGCCUGCUGAGCCCCAGGAACCUCCGCGUCUCGGACGAGUGGUACACCCGCUUCCGGGUGUCCUGGGACCCGGUGUCGGCUCCGGUCCAGGGAUACAAACUGAUGUACUCUCCUCAAGGCACGGACCGCUACGUGGAUUUCUUCGUGGGCGACGUGGCAUCCUACACGCUGCACAACCUGCAGCCCGGAACCACCUACGACGUCAAAGUGAUCGCUCAGUACACCGGCGGCCUGAGCGCGCCGCUCGCCGGAGCGGGAACCACACUUUACCUGAACGUGACCAACAUCGAGACCUACAACGUCGACCACGACACCUUCUGCGUCAAGUGGACGGCUCACAGGGCGGCGACGUCCUACCGCAUCAAACUCAACCCCGUGCACCCCUCCAGUAAAGGACAGCAGGAGAUCACCAUCCCCGCCGGCCUGCCUCAGUACUGCUUCGACGGCCUGUCCCCCGACGCCCUGUACACAGCCACCGUCUUCGUCCAGACGCCGAACCUGGAGGGACCGGGCGUCAGCGCCAAGGAGAGAACACUGGUGAAGCCAACCCCAGCUCCGACGCUCCCUCCGACUCCGAUGCCGCCGCCCACCGUCCCCCCCGCGUGGGCAGUUUGCAAAGGUGCCAAAGCCGACGUGGUCUUCCUCAUCGACGGCUCCUGGAGCAUCGGCGAGGAGAGCUUCACCAAGGUCGUGCAGUUCGUCUCCAACGUGAUCUCGGCCUUCGACGUGGUCGGACCCUCGGGGAUGCAGGUGUCGUUUGUGCAGUACAGCGACAACGCGAAGACCGAGUUCAGGCUGAACGCUUACCAGGACAAAGGCGUCGCCAUGUCGUCGCUCCAUCACAUUCGCUACAGAGGAGGAAACACCAAGACAGGAGUGGCCCUGAAACACACCUACGAAAAGGCCUUUUCCUCGGAGAAUGGAAUGAGGAGGAACGUGCCCAAGGUCGUCGUCGCCAUCACAGACGGACGAUCUCAGGACGAGGUGAAGAAGAGCGCCGCCAGUCUGCAGCACGCAGGCUACAGCGUCUUCGCCAUCGGAGUCGCCGACGUGGAUUUCGUGGAGCUGCAGGAGAUCGGCAGCAAACCCAGCGACAGACACGUGUUCAUCGUGGACGACUUCGACGCCUUCGACACCAUCAAAGAAAACCUCAUCACCUUCAUCUGUGAAACCGCGACGUCAUCCUGUCCCUUGAUUUUCCUGAAUGGGUUCACUUCACCGGGCUUCCGGAUGCUGGAGGCGUUCAACCUGACGGAGAAGACCUACGGUUCCGUCAAAGGCGUCUCCAUGGAGCCCGGCUCCUUCAACAGCUACGCGGCCUACAGACUCCACAAGAACGCCUUCCUGACGCAGCCCAGCACGGAGAUCCACCCGGACGGCCUCCCCCCGGCCUACACCAUCAUCCUCAUGUUCCGCCUCCUCCCCGACUCCCCCAGCGAGGCCUUCGACAUCUGGCAGGUGUCAAACAAGGACCACCAGCCGGAGACCGGCAUCACCAUCGACCCCUCCAGUCAGACCGUGUCCUUCUACAACAAGGACGAGCGCGGCGAGACCCAGAGGGUCGCGUUCGACGACCGCCAAGUGAAGAGCAUCUUCCACGGAAGCUUCCACAAGCUCCAUGUCCUGGUUUCAUCCACCAGCGUCAAACUGCGGGUCGACUGCCAAGAAGUGGCUGAGAAGGAGAUCAAGGCUGCUGGAAACACGUCCAGCGAUGGCUACCAGGUUCUGGGCAAGAUGUCCAAGUCCAUCGGCUCCAAGGGAGAAUCUGCAACCUUCCAGCUCCAGAUGUUCGAUAUCGUCUGCAGCUUGGCCUGGACCAGCAGGGACAGAUGCUGCGACCUCCCGUCUAUGAGAGACGAGCUCAAGUGUCCGUCUCUGCCCAACUCCUGCACCUGCACCUCGGAGGGCUCCGGGCUCCCGGGGCCUCAGGGGCCCGUGGGCGCUCCGGGCAGCAAAGGUCCCCGAGGUGAAAGAGGAGAGGCAGGUUCUGCUGGGCCGAUCGGCCCGCGGGGGGGGAACGGACCACCGGGGCCCAUGGGUCUGCCCGGCCCUCAAGGACCCAGCGGACUGUCGCUUCCAGGAGAGGCUGGCCGCCCUGGACCCAAGGGAGACCCCGGUGACUCGGGUUUACCUGGACAGAAGGGAUCGUCCGGCCCCCCGGGGAACGCCGGCCCGAUCGGACCAGCGGGAGUGAGGGGUCCUCCAGGGAAGGACGGCACGACCGGACCCAGAGGCCCCGCCGGGGCCAUGGGACCUCCGGGAUCUCCAGGAAUAUCAGGUGCCGCGGGACAACCGGGGAAGCCCGGAGACACCGGUCCUCCGGGAGGCAACGGCCCCAAGGGCGACAAGGGAGAGAGAGGCGACUUCGCUCCUCAGAACAUGAUGCGAUCCAUCGCCAGACAAGUCUGCGAGCAUCUGGUCAACGCGCAAAUGACCCGAGUCAACACGCUACUGAACCAGAUCCCCUCCGGCAUCUCCCGCAACAACAACCCCGGACCUCCAGGGCCCGCCGGACCCACGGGCAGGCAGGGGCCCCGCGGAGAGCCGGGCUCCGCAGGAACGAACGGUUUCCCCGGAAGUCCGGGCUUACCAGGGCAGCAGGGAGAGAGAGGUCCGGCGGGAGAGAAAGGAGAACGAGGUCUGUCGGGAGUCGGACAGAAAGGAUCGAGAGGCCCCGCAGGUCCGCCAGGCGAGAGCAGGACCGGCUCCCCGGGCCCCUCGGGCUCCGCCGGACCCCGCGGACCCCCCGGACGUUCGGGAUACGCCGGAAUCCGCGGGCCUCCCGGACCCCCUGGAUACUGCGACUCCUCCCAGUGUGUCGGUAUUCCUUACAACGGGCAGGGAUACGGAGGUUCACAACAGUAGAAACUUUCUUUGCGCUGCUUUCGCUGACUUCCUGAAAACAAACAACCCAAAACUCACAAGUCCUGUAACUGAAACAGUUCGCGCUCGCUCACUCGCUCUAGAGCCGUUUUAAAAAGGGAUGAACGCCAAAGGAAACCAUUAACAAACAAGCGCAACACAGAGGGAACCGUACUAACAACCAGUCACCAGCGGCGGCGGCGGCGGUGAUGACACCGACCUGUUUGACUCUUGAAGCCAGAGACCAAACACAGCAGCCUUGUGUUCAGCGGACGAGCAUGAAACAAACAGCAGCAACAGACAGAUACUAACAAAGUGGAACAACUGCAGCGGCGUCACCGGCCUCCGGGCGGCAGCGACUCUGGUUAACAGCAUUUCUCUGGAGGUGACGUGUAAAUAAACUAAUCUGUGCCUUGUACACGAUGUUUGAAUUCAGUUUUGAGCAUCUGUAGUUUUAAAGCUUGUGCCUUGCAGACAACAACAACAACAACAACAACAACAACAACCUGCUGCUUGCUGAAUGCCAACCAAUCGCCUCUUUCUUUCGUUCUCUUCCUGCCCCUGUGUGUUGGAAGCUGUUCUUACUGCUCAGGGCCACGAUGAGUCACUUGUGCACACGUGACCCCGAAGGUUCAGAUUGACUUCAUGUUCAAAACCAACAUGGAAUCAAGCUUUUACCCCUUUUUUAUGAUUUUAUUUUGUUCUUUAAUGUUUCUCCCCAGACCAGCUGAACUGUAUCUGUAUGUGAUGAAAUAUUAACAAUGUAAAGCCAAAGGAGGUCGAGGUCGAGGCUGUCGUACCUGACUGAGGUUUUUCUUGUUUUCUUUUUGUAAAAAUGAAUGAGUUGAACACCUGAACUUCUAAAAAGAAAUGGGGGGGGGGGAGUGUCCACGAUGGUGUUGCAGGUUGUGUGUCGGCCAAUGAAAAUCCAUCUAGAGUCCAACAUAAAAAGACGUGUUGGAGAGAAACUCUGCAAAUUAAAGAUUAAUUCAAUUUGA